AUGUCUCUUCAUUGUAGAUCAUUCGACGAGUUGUUAGAUAAUGGCCUGGCCAGUGCCAGAUUAUCACUGGCCGGCCUCGUCAUCCACAGUCACAGGGUCUUGUGGAGCAGGCACACAGGACUGUCCAUCACAUGCUCGCAGUUAGAAGAGCAGAGUACUCAGGAACAGGAUGUUGAUAUUGAUGGUGCUCCCAUUCUCAAUGAAUUUGAGUUUGAUGCCAGUGAUGUGUUUGACAAUGCCAGUACUGUUCCAGAAAGUAAUGAAGUUUCUGAUGUAUCAGUAGUUGGUGUUAGUGAUGCUGCUGCUAAGAACAAGAGCGACAAUUGCCAUAAUGAUUUUGAGUCUAUUGCUAGUGAAGACAAUGUCAGCACAAUCUCAGAAAGUAAAGAAGGUGAUUUCUAUGACCCUUCAAUUGAGAGAAGAAUUGAGUUUGGUCCUGCUAAAGAUAGUCUUGAAGGUGUCAAGACAGUGGAGAGUAGUGAAGAUGAAUACCAGUACGUGUGUGUACUGUCUGAUGAUAGUGUCAUUAACAGUUCUACUGUUCAAUGUGCUUCUGAAAUUGUCACUAGUGAUGAUGACACCAGAGAUGGCUGGUUAGGGACAAGUGCACAGCAUGUUCAGAGGAGGAAAAGAGCAUUAGUACAUUACAAACAAGCAGCUCAAAAUCAAAUAAAGAAGCAGACAAGAAACAAGCGUGUGCGCCUACAAGCUCACCUUGUAGGAGAAUAUGUCACAAUCAAGAUUCCAACUCAAGACCGAACAUCUGAUCUUCCAAGGCUGCCAGCUGUAAUAGUUGAAGUUAAAGGGACUAAGCGAUUCUCGUACCGUUUGAGGUCAUUGCAUGGAGUUAUAGACAGGCUGUAUGAUGAAAGCACCUUGGAGAAGUAUUCUGGGAAAAUUGAAGGUCUUGAUGACAACAACUGGCAAAGUGAUAGCCAAAUUUCAUUACGAGAGCAGCAAGACUGGCCAGACCAAGACAAGGAAAACGUGUAGCAUACCAUUGCAAAUGCAAAAAAGGUUGUCUGUCAGCUAGACCGUGUCCUUGUGUCCGAAGUGGUGUUUCUUGCCACAGCAAAUGCCAUCAUGGCAAGCACUGCAAGAAUGAAACAUCUCCAAACAAAAGCAAGGACAUCAAUCUGUAUCUGCAACAUCUGCAUCCUUUGAAGCUCUAUCAGAUACUACAACUUCUGUCUCCACUACAACACCUGGACUUACUCCAAUACAACAUUUGUGUCUACUUUUACCACAACUGUCUGCACAACAACAACCCAAUCUAAUGUAUGUACAUUAGUUCAAUCAAGUCAACCAACGACAUCA